CGGUAUUAAAAAAAUCUCACAUCUCUCUGAAUGGGUCUGAGACAGUGAUAACGGAAUCAUAACCGAUGCUCUUCCCGUUAUCUAUUUCUACGCCUUCUCCUUCGUCUUCUUCUUCACAAUUUUUCAAUUCGAAUUACUCUAAUGGCACUUUUUGUGUUUUACCUUUAACGUUAAGAUGAUGCAGAUGCAGACUCUGCGUCGUUUUUGUUUGUUGGUUUUUCUUCUUCACUCUGUUCUUGAAAUCUAUCAUAAGUUUCUUAGUUUUUCUCUUCGCUUUUUCGUUUUCCUUCUUAUGGAUUUUCCUUCCAGUUUCAAUUUUCUCACGCAAGCUAGUGAGCUUGGUUGUGGUUUUGUUCUUCUCGGUAGUUACUUCUCUCGGAUUUUCAAUUUCGUUGGCCUUGUUUUGAUCUUCGGAAUCUGCGUCAAGUUUUUCCGGUUUUCGGAGAAGACGCCUAGGUUUCGGAAGCUUGUGAAGCCGGGGAAGGUUAAGCGUUUGGAUGUCCAGUUGAAAUCGAAAUCUAUGGUGAAACGUGACGAUGCAGGGAUGAAUUUGGAGGAGGAGAAUUUGGAGGACGAGGUGUUCGAUGUAAUGUCGCUGAGGAAGUUGGUGAAAAUGGAGAGACAGAGAUAUGCUGCUGCAUGUGCGGAGAUUGAUAAAGAGCGCCUGGCUGCUUCGAGUGCGGCGGAGGAGGCAAUGGCGAUGAUCUUGAGGCUGCAGAGUGAGAAGAGUUCGGUUGAGAUUGAGGCGAAUCAGUUUCGGAGGAUGGUGGAGGAGAGGCAAGAGUAUGAUCGGGAAGUGAUUGAGUCGUUGAGGUGGAAUGUUGUUGAACUUGAUUCUCAGAAGAGCUUUUUGGAGGAGCAGUUGGGGAUUUUUAAGGAGAGGUUGAGAGAGUUUAUGAGGGAGGAUGAAAUUGAGCAAAUUGAAGGCGUGGAUUUCACGAGGGAGUUUUGUAAUUUCUCGGUUGAGUAUGAUUUAGAUGAAUCUUUAAAUUCCCCUCCACACUAAGUUGAUAUGUUCUUAUUGUGUUAUGCUAUUUGCAUCAUUUCAAUUUUCAUGUUCAAUACAUUAGUUUUGUGAUUGAAUUUCAUGAAGAACUUGACAUUGCAAUCAUUUGUUUAUGGUUUUAGACCAGUAAUGUUGUUGUGUAUAUAUAUUAGUUGAUUAAUUUCCCAAGUUUCAGUUUCUGGUUUACUGAUGUAAAGUUGAUAAAUGAAUACUUAAUUGCAAGUUUCUAUGAUUCUUGGGGAUAUUUUGCAGA